UGCUGACUUAAAACAGCCUGACUGCGCCUUUUUUUUUUGAAAAUUGCUCACCAGCCGGCCGGCGCUCUGCUCAGCUCAGCCCUCACGCAGUGACAGAUAGCUGUCGGUCUGGGCUGAGGGGGAAGGCUAUCUCGGAAAUAAUCUGCCCACGCGUUAAGCUGCUUUAUCCCCGCCAAGCCUCAGUCGGACAGACACGGCUGUAGCUCAGUGACCAGUCACAGGGAAGUCCGAAUUAGAGAAAGAAAAAGUGACACAGGCUGCGGAGACAAGUUUGAGAAAUCUUUUUCAGGGUGAUAGGUUGUGGAUGAGAGCAGUGUGUGGUGGUUGUUUAGCAUACACGGAGACUUGAUUGGAGGUCAGACAGACAGAGCUGAAGCUGAACCUGUUGCCGUGUGCGCAGUGUUGGGUGAAGGAGGCAGACAACAAGUACACACUGGGGUUUUAACCACAGCAAGAAGCUGGCACGCGUGUUUCGGGCAUGGACAACAUUGGAUUUUGGAUAUUCUUGAUAACAACUUGUGUAAUUCCUGGGAUAAAUGGCCAGACUGUGGAAAUGGAUGAUGGGAAGUGGGGGUAUGUUGGCUCAAAGGUGGAUCUUCGUUGUCGGUUCAUCAAUAGUUCCCCGCCUGUCAAAAUCUCACAGGUGACAUGGCAGAAACUGGUGAACGGCACCAAGCAGAACGUGGCGAUCGCCAACCCCUCUCUUGGUGUGUCUGUUGCCCCGCCCUACAGGGACCGAGUGGUCUUCAAAAACGGAGCAGUGAGGCGACGAACUCCAAAUCUAGAGGACACCACUAUCACCUUUUCCUCGCUGCGUCUCGUUGAUGAAUGCACCUACAUCUGCGAAUACACAACGUUCCCCGCAGGGAACAGAGAAAACACAGUAAAUCUCACUGUCUUCGUUCGCCCCACAACUCAGAUGAGUCUGUCCACGCCAACCCUUGUGGCUCGCUCGUCCAAUCUGAAAACACCAGUGGCCAGCUGCGUUUCAUCCAAUGGAAAACCACCUGGCACAAUCAGGUGGGAGACGAGGGUGCCAGGAGAAGUGACAACCACAGAAUUCAGAAACUCAGACGGGACAUUCACUGUUCAAAGCGACUACAUUUUGGUGCCAAGCAGAGAUACACACAAGGAGACACUCACCUGUGUCACCUCAUACAACGAGGAGGUCUUCACUGACAGUGUCACCCUGGAUAUUCAGUAUGAGCCAGAUGUUUCAGUGGAUGGGUUUGAUGGAAACUGGUACCUGAACAGAGAAAAUGUCCAGCUGAGCUGCCAAGCUGAUGCCAACCCAGCCGCCUCUCUGUAUCAGUGGCGACUUGUAAAUGGCACAAUACCAAGCAAUGCAGAGAUCCGAGAAAAUAUCCUUACCUUUAAAGGGCCAAUCACGUAUGAGGUCCAGGGCACCUAUGUGUGUGAUGCCACCAACAGCAUUGGGACGCGAUCAGCCUCUGUGGAGGUCAGCAUUAUAGAAAAGCCACUACCACAGAUUGCAACAGGCGAUGUCAUCAGCGUAGUUGCCUUAUUACUUGCUGCUGGAGUGCUCAUGGGCAUUACGAUAACAGUCCUGGUGCUCAAAAUAAGAAGCCGGAAAGACGACUCCUCAAAUGACUCUCCGUCCAAAAAACUGUCACAGCCGAUAAGGAAAAGACCAGCCGAUGACAUCCAGCAUUCAGGACGAUUUUAUGAAGAACUCCCAAACACAGCUGACUACGUGAGCUACAGGCUGGCCUGCAACAAGGAGGACUAUCCUGAGCCCUACUCCCCUCCCAUCAACCCUCCUCUGUCAUUUCUGCCCCAGCACCCUUACCAUUCAUCACACACAACCCCCGCAACCAGCAGCAGCAGUAGUAACACCAUGUCAAAAAACACUUUCUCUCCUCCUCCGCACACCACAGCCAUCUUUAAAUACCCCUCAGUACCAGGCCUGUCUUCACCUCCCCCAGGAGUGGGGGCGUAUACUUUUCCCAAAGAGCAGUACGUCUGAACCAGCACUGAAUUUGUCUCAAACUGAAACUGCUUCAAUGAGGACAGAUGACACAACACGAUUUUCCUCCAAACCUUUCCUGUAAGGGAGAUUUUGUUUGACCCUGGACUAUCAGGCGGUGUCUUUGCACCCUCUGCAUCUUUGUGGACAGCUCCGGGGGGGGCAAAGGACAAUUCAGCUUCUGAUGUCAGACUUUGACUUUGAAAAGUCCCAUUUUUAAAUAUUUUAUUGUUUUGUUGUGUCUUUUAUUAUAUAAUCUAUUUUGUGAAAAGGGAAGAUUGUUGGACCAUGAUUUAAUGUCAUUUGAAAAAUGUAUAUUGAAUGGAUGUAUUACAUUUGAUUUGGAAAUGCUUACAACAUAGGAUUAUUUCUUGAUCUCCGAUGUGUUCAACCCCUACUUUAUCUGAUAUUGUGUAAUUUUGUAGAAAAAAAA